UUAAUGUCUUUAUUUUUUAAAGAGAUAGAUCAUAGAUGUCAACCAACAUGGCUGCCAUUACCACCACCACAACCACCGCUACCACCGCCGCAGUCAUCACCACCUCCUACCAACUAAACCCAUAAUUAACUGCAAAAAAUUCUAGCUUUUGGUGGUAUUGCAGCAAAACAAAAAAAGGAAAAAAAAAAAGAAGAAAAAUCCUUUUUUUAGUCCAAAAAAAGAAGUUUUUUUUUUUGUUCUUGGUAAAUGUGGGGAGGUCCUGCAGAACCUGCUGAUUCUUAUUAUGCAGUCAGACCUGGAUGCACUGAUGUUCCUAGAACCAGAUUUAAGAUCAAGCCGGGUAAAACUCUAAGUGCAAGAAAAUGGCAAGCUGCAUUUUCUCUCGAUGGGCAUUUGGAUAUUGGAAAAACUCUACAUCGAAUCCAACGUGGGGGGAUUCAUCCAUCAAUUAGAGGAGAAGUUUGGGAGUUUCUACUUGCCUGUUACGAUCCCGAGAGCACAUUUGAUGAAAGGGAUCAAAUAAGGCAACAUCGAAGGGUGCAAUAUGCUAGAUGGAAAAACGAAUGUCGUGAAAUCUUCCCCGUUAUUGGAAGUGGCAGAUAUAUUACAGCACCUGUUAUUACUGAAGAUGGUCAGCCGAUUCAAGACCCUUUUGUACUUUCAGAGAUAAAUCCAGGUAUGAAUGGUAAUAAUACAGAAAUGAUGAAGGAGCUAACCCCUCGUGGUCCUUUGGAUAAGAAAGCAAUCCAGUGGUUGCUUACGUUACAUCAAAUAGGUCUUGAUGUCAUGCGCACCGACAGGACUUUAGUAUUCUAUGAGAAACAAGAGAAUUUGUCGAAACUUUGGGAUAUUCUCUCUGUUUAUGCCUGGAUAGAUACGGAUGUUGGCUAUGGACAAGGAAUGAGUGAUCUUUGCUCUCCCAUGAUUAUUCUUCUCGAAGAUGAAGCCGAUGCAUUUUGGUGCUUUGAGCGUCUUAUGCGUAGAUUGCGAGGAAAUUUCAGAUGCACUGGGAAUUCUGUUGGGGUAGAGAAACAACUUAGUUAUUUGGCCGCAGUAACUCAAGUCAUUGAUCCGAAACUUCAUCACCAUUUUGAGACACUGGGUGGAGGUGACUAUCUCUUUGCUUUCCGGAUGCUAAUGGUUUUGUUUCGUCGAGAGUUCUCGUUUUGUGAUUCAUUAUAUUUAUGGGAGAUGAUGUGGGCUCUCGAAUAUGAUCCGGACUUGUUCUCUCUGUAUGAAGAACCUGGAUCAAAUAUUACGAAGGCUGUUGGUUCUAACAAAGGGAAACCAAAAUCGAGACGUCCUUGUGGGAAGUAUGAGAGAGAAAAUAUGAAAAUUAAAAGCUCCGAUGCCUCCCUCCCCAUUUCUGUUUUCCUUGUUGCAAGUGUCUUAAAAGAUAAGAGCUCGAAGCUACUGCAUGAAGCUCGGGGCCUCGAUGAUGUAGUUAAGAUUCUAAAUGACAUGACUGGUAAUUUGGAUGCCAAGAAAGCCUGCAUUGGGGCAAUGAAACUUCAUAAGAAAUAUUUAAAAAAGGCAAAGAAGACGUAAUAUUUGGUAAACCAGAUGAAAUUUUCCAGAACUCAAGUCAAGAGAUAAUUAUUAUUAUUAUUUUGGUUUCUUUUCCGUGUUGCACGCAACAGAUUCCCGAUGAACCCUCGCUCGGGGACUGCCGAUUUCUGUAUACGAAUCCAUUUUGUUGUAGUUAAUAUAUGUCUUUGUCUGCUCAUUAAAACCUCAGUGAAAUACAGAAGAAAAUAGUUGCUUA